AUGGCGACUAGUCACAAUUCAAAGCGCUCCACAUCUUCUUCAAAUUCACAACAACUAAACGGCGUUAAUGACGAGAAAAGAUUAAAAUCUACUUGUUUAUACAUUCAAGAAGGCGAAUUAUUUUGGAAGGGAGGCUAUGAUGACCUACAGGAGUUGAUUAAAAGAGACCUCAAUCUGAGUGGGAAAUGGCUUUCAUCCGGCGGGGAGUCUAAAGAGUUUAUUCAUCGCGAUUUUGUUCUGAAAUGGCAAGGGAAAUCAAAACAACGAUUAAUUGUGGUGAAAGAUGACCAAGAGAGCUAUCUUACAAAUGAGCUAAAACUCUAUGCCAGCGAAAUGGACGACGAAAAUACUUGUUUUGACAGCGAAGCGGGCGAAGACGAACUGGUCGAACACAUGGUCGCGGAAAUUAUCGAUCAAGAUGAAUACACUACAUCCCACAUCAUGCUGCAAUUCAAAACAACAAGAAUUCGAAACAACUAA